CCCCCACUCGGAUGUAGCUAUGACGAUCGUGUGAGCGGGGGUGUGACGAGGCCUAAUGUUUGCCAAUUGCCAUUCACGAAAUUCUGCGCAUAUAAACCUUUGGUCGGCGGUAAAAUAUGAUUCGAUUUUUAUCGCAGUAAUUUGUAAAAAGUCAUUUCUGUUGCAAAAAAAAAUUGCAGUCUGUAACGACAAGUCAAAUUUCAACAAGCACUUCUACGUAUCGGCUAUCUUUUGUAUGCAGAUUACAUCCGGAAGUGUUGACAUUAUGUUGACAGUGACGUCAACGCCCACAAAUCCUGAGCGAUGAUUGGUCAAUCGGGGACACACCUCCAAAAUCCUCUUGUAUCCGGGCCAGCUGUUGAACCGCAGACAUACUGGUACCCGCGUUGUACGGUACGCAUAGGCCGUGACGUGAGACCAACGCGGAGAGAAUGCUAUGCAAUCGCCAUGCAAUCGCCAUGCACAUCGAUCACUGAGCUUUCAGUCGACUAGUCCACGCAGCUGUAACGACACGAAUCAGCUUUUUAUCCCUGAUAUUUUGCUGUCAACACUCAAAGGACGGAGGAGAACGUUCAUCAGCCAAGCUUGGGGAAAGAUAUGAGUGCAACUUCAAUGGCACGGACGGGGAGACAUCAAAAUUGCAGCGAGGAAUUUGACCAUACGAACUCUAGACAAAGUGAUCAAAAGUCACAGGAAUCAGAAAGUAAUUGCCAGGAGAAUAGUCGACAGUGAGCAGUUAUCUUCAUCAGUGUGACGGUGUACCUCAUCUGUAUAUAGAUUUUUACCUUUGUAUAUUUGGACAAAGCUUCGUGCCUGAAAUCCGUGCAAUACCAAACUUUUGUACCAGAAAAUAUAAAUUUUGUGAGGCAAUUUCUCAUGCCUAGAAAUAUUGAUCAGAUUUGGGUCUUUUCUGAGCAUAUGUAAAAUCCUGGUUGUUGUUUUUUUAUAAGUGAAGGGAGCUUUGAGCGUAUAAUCUUUUUUUGAAAUUUCAAAAAUAAAACGGUUGGGUUUUUGUUUUGGGGUGUUAUUCCUCAAUCAAAAUGGUUGGGUUUCAACCUACCGAGAUACCACCCACAUUGGGUAUGAAAUUUAUCAGUGCCGGCCUGGCAGCAUGUAUUGCUGACGCAGGAACGUUUCCCUUGGACACAGCAAAAGUACGACUACAGAUUCAAGGUGAGAGUUCUUCGGCUCAGAAGCAGGGUUUCUCCUUUUCCAAAGCCAAAGAAGAGAAAGCUAAAUUCAAGUACCGUGGAAUCUUCGGCACUAUCACCACCAUCAUACGACAGGAGGGGCCUCGCAGCCUGUACAACGGUCUGGUACCCGGACUGCAGCGGCAAAUGUGCUUCGCAUCGGUCCGGAUCGGACUGUACGAUUCAGUGAAGCAGUUGUACACAGGUUACAUGGGAAUGCACAUUGUGACAAGAAUUUUAGCCGGUAUAACAACUGGGGCCUUGGCAGUGUCAUUGGCUCAGCCGACAGAUGUGGUGAAAGUACGCAUGCAAGCACAGACUAACAUUGAUCCCACCAAACCCAAGCGGUAUACAGGAGCUGUGCAUGCGUACCGGACGAUAGCCCGGACUGAAGGCGUCAGGGGGCUUUGGAAAGGAACAAUGCCCAAUAUUACACGGAAUGCUAUUGUCAACGCUAGCGAAUUGGUGGCCUAUGACAUGAUCAAAGAGCGCAUUCUCAAAACGGGACUUUUAGCCGACAUGUUCCCCCUCCACUUCAUCUCAGCGUUUGGUGCCGGGUUUGUCACUACGUGUGUUGCCUCCCCUGUGGAUGUGGUCAAAACCAGGUACAUGAACUCCCCACCAGGCCAGUACAAAGGAGCCAUUGAUGUAGCAGUCAAGAUGUUCCGGGAAGGUGGUCCUCUGGCGUUUUAUAAAGGAUUCAUGCCGAAUUUUGUACGUCUUGGCUCCUGGAACAUCGCCAUGUUUGUUUGCUAUGAGCAACUGAAGCGAGGCUGCGUAAUCAUGUUCAACUAGUCCCACCUGGCCUAGAUGACCCCUGGGUCAUUAGAGGUCAGUGACCUUCAGCUAGCAACAUUCAAAGAGGUCCAACAAGUUGAUUUAUCAGUUAAAACCUAAACAAAGGUGAAGCAUUUGGGAGGAAUGAAGUUUUUAAAAAGCAUUGUGCUGGAUUGCUAGCUGAAAUGUACUCGCUGUAAUGUUGUGCUAAUUGUAAUGAGUGUACACUCAAUGAUGAAAGGGGCAAUGGUUCUCAAGCUGAUUUAUGGAGUGUACUUUACCAGAGAGACACAACACCGGAAGUUGCUGGAAUGUUGGCUGGCUGACAUUGGACAGUGUAGACACUACUUUGGUCAAUCAGUUUAGAAUCUGUGUCCAGUGAAUGCGAGUAUUUCGAUGAACUCCCAAAGUGACUUCUAAAUUCUUCCAUUUAAAAGCCAUGCAACUCUGAAAUUAGCUACUGAAAAAGCCAUUUGCGAGUCAAAUUUGAAUAAAAUCUUGGAACGCUGACUUAAUCCAAUGCUUUGCACACUUAAACUUUGCAUUCUCCCGACCAAA